GACCACUCAUUAAAGACUCAAUAAUUGAGGUCCCGAGAGCCUCCACCACGUUAUCAUCUCUGCUAACCAUUCACCUCAGUAAAGCAAGCGAAGAAAUUUCGAAGGCAUCAUCAUGAGUGCUACAUCCGAGCUCGUGUUCGUCCCAUUUCCGGCCCUUGGCCACCUGGUGUCGAUGCUGGAGAUGGCCAAGCUCCUCAUCGACCGCGACAAUCGGCUCUCCGUUAUGGUCCUCGUCAUGAAGUCACCCCUCGACUCUGAGAUCGAAUCCCGUGUCGAGUCGUUUGCCGCCCUCGUCGCCUCCCGCAUCCGCUUCAUCUUCCUCCCUCGGCAAAACCCUUCCCUGGAGGCGUCCCCGUUUGCCAUCCUCAAUCAGUUCAUGGAGAGCCACAAAGCUGGCGUCAGAGAUGCCAUCGCCGGCCUCUCCGCCUGCGGCUCGUCACGGCUUGAGGGGCUUGUCGUUGACAUGUUCUGCACCUCCAUGAUUGACGUGGCCAUCGAGUUCAGCAUCCCUUCGUACGUCUUCAUCCCGUCAGGUGGGGCGCUCCUCGGACUGAUGCUGUACCUCCAGUCUCUCCAAGAAGAGCAACACAUGGACCUGACAAGGCUCAAGGGCUCUGAUGCUGAGUUGGACUUCCCAUGCUUCGCUAACCCUUUGCCGGCUGCCAAAUUCUUGCCCGCAGAAGUGUUCAUGAAAGAAGACUGCCGGAUAUUCUUGGGCCACGCCCAGAGGUUUAGGGAAACCAAGGGAAUUUUGGUAAAUACAUUCACCGAGCUAGAACCCCGCGCGGUGGAGGCCUUGGCGGGCCUUGGAGCGCCCGCAGUUUACCCCGUGGGGCCCAUACUGAACAUCAAGGUCGAGAGCAUAAAGGGUUUUGAGAUCCUGGACUGGCUCGACCAGCAGUCGAAUGCGUCAGUGGUGUUCCUAUGCUUCGGCAGCUUCGGGAGCUUCGACCAGGACCAGGUGAAAGAGAUCGCCCGUGCGUUGGAGCGAAGCGGGUGCCACUUCCUAUGGUCCCUACGGCAGCCACCAGCAAAGGGCAAGUUGGAAGGCCCCUGUGACUACGCAGAUCCGGCGGAGGUCCUGCCUGAAGGUUUCAUUGACAGGAUGGCCGGUGUCGGGAGAGUGAUUGGGUGGGCCCCACAGGUCGCGGUCCUGGCCCAUCAAGCCAUCGGAGGGUUCGUGUCGCACUGCGGGUGGAACUCCACCCUAGAAAGCAUAUGGUUUGGUGUGCCGAUCGCCGCGUGGCCCCAAUAUGCAGAGCAACAGCUCAACGCGUUCCAACUGGUGGUGGAACUCGGCCUCGCGGCAGAGAUCAAGAUGGAUUAUCGAAGAGAUCUUGUCAAAGGUAGCGACAGCAUUGUGACAGCGGAUGACAUAGAGGGAGGGAUAAGAAAGUUAAUGGAGGGUGAGGAGGCCGAUGAGAGGAGGAAGAAGGUGAAGGAGGUGAGCGAGAAGAGCAGGAAGGCUUUGAUGGAGGGCGGCUCUUCUUACUUGUCUUUGGGUCGCUUCAUCGAGGAUGUCCGGAGUCAAUGGGCCUCCAUUUAGACUAGGAGACUGAUUGACUAGUAUUUUGAGUACUGUCGGCGUUUUGAUUCUACGAUUACUUGGCGUGUGUGUUUCAGCAUAUCUGGGGCUAUGAUCCAUUUAAACUGUUCUAGUGUCUUUAGUGACUAUAAACCAUCUUGAUUCUUGUCGACCCUUUGACGUGUUUUAUGUGGAAUCAUGCAAAGGUAAAAGACAAGAUAUAGACAGUGUUCAAACAGAAUUAAUUGAUCGGCAUAUCCCUCCUUUAUCUCCA